AACAAUUUAAUUUAAAUAGGUAUCUUGAAGUAAAAGAGUGAAAUCAAAGUUCCACAACCAUGGCAUCACCUCAUAACAAAUUAUUCACCAUUGUUUGUUGGCUAAUAUUUUGCCUUCACAUAAUUACAGCUCUUUGGUUUGAGGAAGAUUCACAAGAUUGGAUUAACCAUGGUGGAGACUUAUUGAAUAGAAGGUAUGCAAACAAGGAACACAAGAUAAGCACAAAAACAAUUUCUCACCUAAGUUUGAAGUGGAAAUUUAAUGUAGGAAAAGAAAUAACUUCAACACCAACAAUUUUCAAUGGAACAAUUUAUUUUCCAAGUUGGAAUGGUUAUAUCUAUGCAGUGAAAGCAUGUGAUGGAUCACUUGUGUGGAAACAAAACAUUGAAAAUAUAACAAGGAUAAAAUCACCUGGCUCUGUUCGUAAUGUUAAUUCCACUUUCUCAAGAGCAACUCCAAGUAUAGUUGGUCAUGAUUUACUUGUUGUUGGACUAUGUGGUCCUGCUGUUGUUAUUGCUCUUAAUAGAACCAAUGGUAAUCUUCUUUGGAUCACACAAUUGGAUAGCCAUCCUUCAGGUGCUAUUACUAUGUCUGGAACAUACUACAAAGGGGGUUUCUAUGUUGGAACAUCUUCACAAGAAGAAUCAUCAAGUGUAGAAAAAUGUUGCACAUUUCGUGGUAGCUUCUCAAAACUAAACAUAAAAUCAGGUGCCAUUAUAUGGCAAACAUAUAUGCUACCAAAUAAUAAUGGAAAUAAAAGUGAAUAUUCAGGGGCAGCAAUUUGGGGAAGUAGUCCAUCAAUUGAUCCAUUAAGAAACUUAGUAUAUAUUGCCACUGGAAAUUUAUACUCUGUCCCAUUGAGAAUAAGUCAAUGCCAAGAAAAAGAAAAUAAUCAAACUAUACCAAGUCAUCUAGAUGAAUGUAUUGAUCCUGAUAACCAUUCAGAUUCAAUCCUAGCCCUUGAUUUAGAUUCUGGAAAAAUCAAAUGGUAUCGCCAAUUAGGAGGUUAUGAUGUGUGGUUUGCAGCUUGUAACAAUUUAUCAACACCAAAUUGUCCUCCAGGUCCAAACCCAGAUGCUGAUUUUGGAGAAGCACCAAUGAUGUUAACUAUUUAUGUGAAUGGUUCCAAACGGGAUAUCGUUGUUGCUGUUCAAAAAAGUGGUUUUGUAUGGGCCUUAGAUCGUGACAAUGGUAGCCUCGUCUGGUCUGUGGAAGCAGGGCCUAGUGGGCUAGGAGGAGGAGGAACAUGGGGAGCAGCCACUGAUGAACAAAAUAUAUACACAAACAUUGUUAAUACUUUUGCUAAAAAUUUCACUCUUAUACCAUCUAAUAAGAUUGCAAACAAUGGUGGAUGGGUGGCAUUGGAAGCUAGGAAUGGUAAAAUCCUAUGGUCAAUAUCCAAUCCUAGCAAUACUACUCUUAUAAGUGGUCCAGUUAGUGUUGCUAAUGGUGUUCUAUUUGUUGCAUCUCCAACUUCAGAUGGAACAACAUAUGCUAUAAAUACAAAAAAUGGACAAAUUCUAUGGUCUUAUGAAACUGGCAUUGGUGUCUAUGGUGGAAUCUCUAUUAGUGAUGGUUGCAUUUAUUUUGGGCAGGGUCUUAGCUUAAUUACUGCCCCUGCAAAUUAUAAUCCUAAGGCAAAUAUUUCACUCUUUGCAUUUUGUGUGUAAUAUGUUGGAGAUACAACAAAUGAACAAAUAUGGGUAAUUUUACUUUUAUAUAUGAAUAUGUAAUAAAAUGGUUGAUUAAGUGAAUACUUAUUAAAGAGAUAAAGAAUAAAAAAUGGAAUAAAGGUGAACAUAUUCAGUUGUAAUUUACAUAAAAAAUGUCUAUUUUAAGUUA